CGGGAUGCGAAGGGAGGGAGGAGCACACUUAGAGCUGCUGUAGUUUAAAUUAAUGUCAACCUGCCUCCUCGCCAGGAGAAGAAACUCAUCGCAGAUAGCGAAAGUACACGCUCGGCGCCACCGCUUGCAAGCCGCUGUCCAGACUAUAACAUGACUCGGCGGCCGAGAAACAGUGUUUACAGUAGUGAGGAAGAUGACGAGGAGACUGAGAUGUAUGAGCAUGAUUAUGAUGGAUCAGUAGUCAAGACAGGAAAACGUCACCUUGGCAAAACACGCUGGACUCGAGAAGAGGACGAGAAGCUAAAGAAACUUGUGGAGCUUCAUGGUUCAGAAGACUGGAAACUCAUUGCCAGCCUGUUAACUAAUCGUACAGAUGUGCAGUGCCAGCACAGGUGGCAGAAAGUUCUCAACCCAGAGCUCAUUAAGGGGCCUUGGACCAAAGAGGAGGACCAAAGGGUGAUUGAGCUGGUCCAGAAGUACGGAGCCAAGCGCUGGUCAGUCAUCGCCAAACACCUGAAGGGACGGAUUGGCAAGCAGUGCCGGGAGCGCUGGCACAACCACCUCAACCCAGAGGUUAAGAAGACUUCAUGGACCGAGGAGGAGGACAGGAUCAUCUACCAGGCUCACGAGAAGCUGGGAAACCGCUGGGCUGAAAUCGCCAAGCUGCUGCCCGGCAGGACUGACAACGCCAUAAAGAACCACUGGAACUCCACUAUGAGGCGGAAGGUGGAACAGGAGGGCUACCUCCAGACCUCCUCAAAGAACGGCAGCUCUUCCCUCUCUGUCGGCCAUGGCUACGUCAAGCCCACCAAUAACAUCUUGAGUUUUUCUCACCACUCACCCAGCCACGCACAGCUGUCUCCUCUCAACUACCCGUACAUGUCUGACACACACAGAGUGCCCUUUCCAAUGUCCCUGCAUCUGAACAUCUUGAACAUUCCCCAGCACGGUACAGCUGCUAUACAAAGACACUAUAAUGAGGAAGACCCUGAGAAGGAGCAGAGAGUGAAAGAGAUCGAGCUGCUGCUCAUGUCAACAGAAAACGAGCUGAAAGGCCAACCAUCACUACCAAUGACUUUGCCCUAUUCAAACUGGACCAGUCAGAGCCCUUUGAUCGCCGGCUCAGAUGGUACGGGCAUGUCCUUACCUCACCACCAGGCACCCGCCCCGGCCCUGCCCCUGGACCAGAGCUGCCUCCCGGAGGAGAGCGCCUCAGCGGCCCGCGCCCUCAGCAGCAGCAGCAGCGUCCAUCACAGCAGUCCAGCCUUCUCAAAUACCAUCCCAGAGUUCAUGGAAGCUGUCAUAGAUUCAUUUCUCAGCCAAUCGAUGAGUUCAGAACACUCCGCCGACAGUUUACGAAUGAGCUCGCCCGUGGACUCCAGGCCUCUUAUGGAUCACUCUGCCAGGCCGCACAAAGAGAACGAGAUAUUCCGAACCCCUAACAUUCGUCGGUCCAUCCUGGAGUCCACUCCUCGCACACCCACUCCGUUCAGGUCACCUCUGGCCCUGCAGGAGGCCAAGUACGGCCCUGUGAAACUUCUGACUGCGUCUUUGGAGCAGCAGAUGAUCGAGUCCAUAAAGCAGGAACCAAUGGAAUGCGCCAUUGAGCAGCCUCCUCUUAAAAAGAUCAAACAAGAGGUGGAGUCUCCCUGUGAGAGGAGUCCAUGUGUGCAGUGGGAAGCACAAGAACUCAACACGCAGCUCUUCUCCCCCAACGGCCCGGCGCAAGAAGUGCCUGACCUGCUCACCAGUUCACUCCUGAGCGAGGACGGCCACAAAGCCUACCACCUCCCUCACAGAGGCAUGAACAGCCCACUACAGCAGCAGCUCAGUUCCUGGGAGCAGGUGACCUGCGGGAAGACAGAGGAGCACACUUUGGCCUCCGAGCAAAGCCACAAAUACAUCAACACUUUCUCCACGAGGACGCUGGUGAUGUAGCAGGGUCCAUCUGGACUGGUCCACACUCCCUCGCUGGGCAAGGCGGCGCGGGUUUCAUAUUUGUUGUGGUACAACAGUUGGGAGAGGCUUUAUGCCACUGGUGUUUUUACACUCAAACUUGUUGGAUUUCAACCAACCAAAGACUAAACUUUUUAACAAGAAUUUCAGUCCUUUGAAAAUAGAACUUGAUUUGGGGUUUUUAUAAAUGUGCAUCCUAUCUCUUUUGGUCUUAACUGUGUAUUAUUCCUUGUUGUAUUAUAAAUGGGAAACGGUGACUAUGUUUGCAUUGGGCUGUAUUAUUAGUUACAAAUUUUGAUAUUAAUAUAAAGAACAAGUUGAUUAAUUUAUUUGUUUUGUUUUUUUUGUGUUUUUUUUUUUUUCUUUCUCAUUGUUGUUUUACAAUUGGCCAAUGGAGCAGUGUUGUCAUUUUAAGUAUUUAAGCCCUGUUAGCAUUAUUACGUAUCCAAAGGCAUGAGAGUGAUUUCAAAACUGACAUCUGAUAUCACUCGUGAACCUAUUUCACUUUCCUCUUUUUUCCUGUUUAAAGGCUGUAUGGGUCUACUGAGAAUUUCAAAGGUUUAUGUCUGUGCCGCCUCGUGUAAACACUCAUAGGAACUGCUAUGUCUGUUCUAUUUUCAUUACUCAACUUUGGAAUGGCACCAGUCACAGUAGUAUUACCUGAUUACCACAAUGCCAGCUCUGUUUUCAUCAAAAAUGAGUUUUCAUUUCAAAUGUCUGUUUUAUUUCCUGUAUUGGGAAGCAUUCAAUGAACAAAUGAUAAUUGCUGUCUGAAUAUGAGUAUAUACGUUUGGAAGGUGGGGGAGGGUGAAAGACUACACUAUUUUUACAUUCAAAUCUGAAAAGAGCGUCAAUGUUUGACACUGUGAGCCCCACCCAGUAAAACCAAGCUGCGUCUGAAUUUUAUAUUUUCCCGAAAAAAAAGUAAUAGUAACAAACACUGAUAUUUUUAUUUUAUACUACAGACAAAAGCCCAGUUAAACUUGUGUAUUUUUUCAAAUAGUUUUGUAUUGUUUUGUAAAGGAUACUCCAUCUGCAUUCUAUUUUCUCAAAAUACUGCAAUCUCUCAUGUCAAACACUUAGCAGACAAUCUCUUUUUUUACAAUUUAAUACAUUUUUUAAUACUAGCUUUGGAGCGACAACCUUUUUUUUAUAAAAGCAUUUAUACAUCCCUAGUUUUGAUGUUUUUAUACUUUUCUAUACUGCCUAGCAAAUAAAGUGUGC